AUGAACGAAUCUCUGCUGCGUCGAAGCGAGCAGAGCGAUGAUGCCACACGAGACCGUAUUCACUACGUGAGGGCGCAGCGGCGGCACCUUGAACGCGAGACACGAAUGCUGCGCAUGGCACUGGAGGAGUUGCACGAAGAAGCGGAGCAGAUGAAUAACGAAGAAGUGUUGGCGCGUCGCACAAUACAGGAGAAGCAUCGAGAGUUACUGCGGUGCCUACUUCAUUUUGCUUUAGCUGAGCAUGAUUCAACAAGAGACACAGCGGCGGCAGCCAGUGCACCCAUGCAACAAGACGCGACAGACACCAUUGUUUGUGAGCUACUGCGGCAGUACAAGCACGAGCAAGACGCCUACACGCAGGAGGUCAAGCAGCGCGUGGAAAGUACUAGAGGGAAAGCUGAACAGUCGUGUUUGAGCGUCAGUGACACUUCCGCCGCGCCACAGCUUCUGCAAAAUUGCAUCUGUGGCGUGGACUCCCCUGUAGAAGUAGCUGAGGUCAACUACCUUCGCAGCACCUUGGAGGCGCUCUGCGAGAGAAAGGCCGAGGUGGAAGAGGAGACGGAAGCAGCGCUCCUGAGCAUUGGCCGCACGCUGCUUUGCUGA